AUGGCAAGCAAUGGAACGUCAUCCUCUUCACAACCACUCAUACCAAUUUUCAAUGGUGAAAAGUAUGAGUUCUGGAGUAUCAAAAUGAAGACAUUGUUCAGGUCUCCAGAGUUAUGGGACAUGGUCGAACACGGCUUUGCCGAAGUAAAGGAACCUAAUGUAGAAGAAGAAGAAAAACUGAAAAGCAAUGAAAUUGUCCAAGAUUAUCUGUCUAGAGUUUCAACUCUUGUCAAUCAAGUGAAGUCCUAUGGUGAGCAAAUUUCUGAUGGAAUUGUUGUAGCAAAGGUUUUGGGAAGUUUAACUCCAAAAUUUGAGCAUGUAGUUGUAGCAAUAGAAGAAGCUCAUGAUCUGUCUACUUAUUCCUUUGAUGAACUAAUGAGUUCCUUGCAAGCUUAUGAAGAAAGACUGCAGAGACCAAUAGAAAGGAGUAAUGAAAAAGCAUUUCAUGCCAAGCAAGAAAGUUCAGCUACUGCGGGAAGAGGAAGGGGCAAUUUCCAUGGAAGAGGUUGA